CCCUGAGGAACCCCGAGCUGUUGGCGUGCGGGCCGGCAGGCAGCUCCGGGGGCAGCCCGCAUGCUCCAGGACCCUGGCGGCGGCGCGGCGCGGCGGGAACCGGGAAGUUUCAAAGCGCAGUGGUGGAGCUGCUGCGGGCCGCCGCUCCCGCGACAUGAAGCUACACUGUGAGGUGGAGGUAGUGAGUCGGCAGCUGCCGGCUCUGGGAAUGAGGAACCGGGGUAAGGGCGUCCGGGCGGUGUUGAGCCUCUGUCAGCAGACGGCCCGAGGUCAGCCCCGGGCUCGGGGCGAGCGGAGCGGCCCGCACCUCACCUGCCUGUUUAUCUCCACCCUGAAGGACAAGCGCGGGACCCGCUAUGAGCUAAAGGAAAACAUUGAGCAAUUCUUCACCAAAUUUGUGGAUGAGGGGAAAGCUACUGUUCGGUUAAAGGAGCCUCCUGUGGAUAUCUGUCUAAGUAAGGCCAAUUCCAGCAGUUUAAAGAGUUUCCUUUCAGCUCUGAGACUGGCUCACAGAGGUUGUGAUAUUGAAGCACCGCUUUCAACCUUCGCACCAGUGAAGACUUCAGAAUUUGAAAAAUGUAAAACUAAAAUGGUUAUCACAUCCAAAAAGGACUAUCCUCUAAGCAGGAACUUCCCACCUUCUCUGGAACAUCUUCAGACUUCUUAUUGUGGGCUUAUCCGAAUUGAUACGCGUAUGCUUUCCUUAAGAAACCUUAGGAAAUUAGACUUGAGUCACAACCAUAUAAAAAAGCUUCCAGCUACAAUUGGAGACCUCGUCCAUCUUCAAGAACUUAACCUGAAUGACAAUCACUUGGAGUCAUUUAGUGUAGCCUUGUGUCAAUCUACACUCCAGACAUCACUUCGGAGUUUGGAUCUCAGCAAGAACAAAAUUAAAGCACUCCCUGUGCAGUUUUGCCAGCUCCGAGAACUUACAGAUCUGAAACUUGACGAUAAUGAAUUGAUUCGAUUUCCUUUCAAGAUGGGACAGUUGACAAACCUGCGUUUUUUGUCGGCAGCUCGAAAUAAGCUUCCUUUUUUGCCUAGUGAAUUUAAGAAUUUAUCCCUUGAGUACUUGGAUCUUUUUGGAAAUACUUUCGAACAACCAAAAGUCCUUCCAGUUAUAAUGCUGCAAACGCCAUUAAGUUUACUGGAAUCCUCUGCACGAGCCAUAUUAUAUAAUAGGAUUCCGUAUGGCUCUCCUAUCAUUCCUUUGCAUCUUUGCCAAGAUUUGGAUACUGCAAAAACCUGUGUUUGUGGAAGAUUCUGUCUAAACUCUUUUAUUCAGGGAACUACUACCAUGAAUCUACACUCUGUUGCUCACACUGUGGUCUUAGUAGAUAAUAUGGGUGGUACUGAAGCGCCUGUUAUCUCUUACUUCUGUUCUCUAACAUGUUAUGUAAAUUGCUGUGAUAUGUUAAAGUAAUAGGUGAUACCACAAAAAGAAAUUCCGUCUAGUUACAGAUCAGUUUGGGAUUCAUUUAUGGUUUAACUGUGUCAGAUUAGAGAAAGGGAAGCCUUUUGUAUACUUACUUGAAGGGAAGAAUGUGUUACUCUAACAUUUUCAAUCAUUUGACUGUAAAACCUUAAUUUCAUUAAGACCUAUAUUAUUUUAUUGUGAGAUAAACUUUUAUUAGUUUAUUGCACUUGUGCUGAUAUUUCCAGAAUGGGUUGUGGGGUUAUCUUUUUUUUUUUUUUUUUUGGUUAUCUUUUAAUGUUAAACAGAAGUUGAUGCCUACCACUCCAGUCAUAGAAUUUUCUUAUCAGUUAUAUUCUUGAAUUUCAAUUAAAGAAAUUGAGUUUCUGUAUGCAAAAAAUAUACCUUGAAAGACUAAGAUAGUCUAAAUUUUAGUGAGAACUUCUCUGGUAUGAAUCUAUGGUUACCAUUUUUUGUGUUUUUCAGGUAUAUUCUACAUAUAGAAGUCUGUAUUCAAGCAUAAAGUUGGAGUUGCUUUGGGAUAAACAGACAUCAGCUUUUAUAAGUUUUAUAAUGUAAUUCACAUAAUCUUUGUUGUGAUUUCUAAGUUUUUUAACUUUUAGAGUGGGAACAAGAUUUUAGGGUUGGUUAGAAGGAGCAGAAAAUUGCUACAUUUUACUGACUACAUUCUGUAUUCAAGGGUUGUUCUUUUUUCUGUUUAUUAUUUUAGUCACUUAAUAUUUUUGUAUUUUUAAUUUAAAAAGUGGUAGUGAUACACCGGCAAAACUAUGAUGAGGAUUUGAGAUAAGGCGAGGGAAUGGAAAACGAAGCUGCUUGAAAAAAUUGUGGAAAAUGGAACCAGUAGAACUGUUCUAUUCGGUUCAUUCCCACUCCUCUUCAAAUCAGCCUCUCUUUUACAUCAUUGAAAUAGCUUCAUAACUGGUUUCUGGGAACAAAGGAGGUGAAAGAUUAAGAGUUACUGGAGAAAACCCCUCUCAGGUAUUAGCAUUAACCACUGCUGUUUUGGGCUUGGAGUUAGAGGUAAUCUGUGUAAGACUAUUUUUUAAGGCAUAGGUAACUACUACUUCCUCUGUCCUCCUAAAAUAUUUAUUUGGAGCAUCCUAUUCUUUUUCUGAAAAUACAACUAUUCCUCAGUAAAUACUGUUUUAAAUGUUAAGAUUUUUUUAUUAAAACUUUAUGUAUAUGAUCUCCAAAACAUCUCUUCUUCUUAGAGCAGAUUCUUUGAUCCAGAGGAGUAAUUCUUGGCUGACUAAAUUUGCAUUGCUUGUUGUCAAUUAAAUUCUUCCUGCAAAAGAUUUCUAUAUAACUUCUAGUUUUUCAUUUAAAAAAUCACAUAUAUAAAGCAAACAUGGCUUAAAUAAAAAGAGCUGCCAUUUAACUACA